AUUAAAUCAUCAACUUAAAAUUGAGUUCAACUUAAUUCUUGCAAAAAUUAAAUAGAAAACAUUUGAAAAGUAUGAAAUUUCAUUUAAAAGUUUUCUUUGAAUUUUGAUGAUUCACAUGAUGAAAUACAUUUUUUGACAUCAUUAAUACACAAACAGAACCAACGAAACGCGAAUCUUUAAUUUCAAAGAAACAAAAAUAAAAAAAAAUUCAUCAAAAUUCAUUUAGCACGUCCAAGAAACCGACCUCGAGAGCAGCCAGCUCCAAGAAUGGGUAUAAAUAACCUUACAAACAAGAUGAUUCAAUCAACAAAGAACUUCCACAUGCUAGUUCUGCAACAUCUUGAUGGAGAUGAGCUUAUAAGACUCACGGAAGUUGAUUCAGAACUUAAUAAAGAAAUUUCAAAUUGUCCACAUUGCAUGUGCAAGAUAGCAGUUCACUUGACAAUUGAGAAGUAUAACAAGUUUAAGGAAUUGGAAUCGAUUGUCAAAAGUAAUAGACAAUACAGGAAUUUCAAGCUUACAUGUGGAAAUCAGGAAGAAUUCAGUGAAUUGUUCCUGCCAAUUUUGUCAAUCUUUUUCCAAUCAAUCAUCAGAAUUGACGCAAAUGGAGUUAUGCUGCCGACUAAUCAGUAUGAGUUGAGCUUACCAAACCUUAAAUUCUUGAAAAUUUCAUUCUCAAAUUUGAAUGCCUUAAGUGUCUUUUUAAAUGCGACUGACAAGUACCAAAAGCUGCACAUUGAGAACUUUAAUGACGCAAUUUCAGAUCGGCAAUAUAUUGAUCAAAUCAUGCGGUUCCGUAAUGUCAGACUAGUUAAUAUGGAGUAUAUUGACAUGAUAGCAAUCAAGAACUUGGACUUUUUGUACAGCAAUUGUGUUGACUUUCAAUUUGAGUGUAACAGAAAGUCAGACUAUAAAAGUCUAGCUAAACUAUUUGAAAUCAUUCAAUGCAAGGAAAUUCAGAUUCGAUGGAUGAAAAGAGGGUGCGAGGGAUACAGACUAACUCUCCACAGAUUGAAGAGAAUCGAGGAAAUUUCAAUUCCAAUUGUGGAUUUAUUUGAAAGACGAAAAAGAAGGAAGAUUAGUAAUUGUGACACAAGUUGCUUACCUCCUGAAUAUUUUCUAGUUUUACUGGAAAUCAGCGAGCUUUCUUGGAGCUUUAUGAAGAAAAUCGGUAAUGUCUUGACGGACUUGCAGGCGCUGUCAAUUUUCGACUUGUCGGAACGUGAAAAAAGAAACUUUUUUUUAACUUUUAAAAACCUUGAAACAAUAACUACGAUUGGCGGGAUCAACAAUCAAAUGGAAACGGAAACAACGACAGAUAGGAAGUCAAUGGAAUUAAAAUACAGCUCUAAGGAUCCAUUAUUCAAGCUGUCAUCUGAAAAUCUUGAGCUUGUCUUUAGACAUUUCACAGCUGAUGACUUCCAGAAUGCAGCGGAAGUGUCUGGAUCAUGGAACAAUAUAAUCAGCAAAUCAUCAAGAUUCAUGAGCUUAUUGAAGCUGAGACUAGUCAAAAUUAAGCGUGGAAAUGCUGAGGACCUGGCCUAUUCCUUGAAACAUUUUGAAAAUAUCGAAAUUUCAUGCAAUUACGAUGCAAAAGUCGUUCCUGAUGUCAUCUGUGUCCUCAAUUUUUAUUCAAAUUUUAUCGUGGACCUUUACUUGCAUGAAAUUAAAGCAAAAAGAGUCGAGCCAUUUUUCAUGCCGAACUUAAAGUUUCUGACUCUUCAUUCAGUCAGUGACAAUUUUUGUGGAAGUUUCCUUGACAGCUGCUUGACUCUUAGAUCUGUCAAGUUCCAAAAUAUGCUGUUUAGUGAAAAGUUCUUUUAUCGCAUCCAAAACAUGCGACAAUUGGAACGCCUUCAUUUUGUGGACAUAGAAUGUGAACAUGUCAAGUCCCCACAACCAAGAGUUGAGUUAAAAUUAAAGAACAUUAAGCAUGUUGAGUUGUCAUUCUCAAUGGUUAAAUUAAUUAAGGAAAGUGGCAACAGUAGCAUGAUUGAGAGGUUCUUGCAGGAUCCUUGUUUUCAGUCUAUUGAGAGUAUAACAUUGAGUGGGUUACGUGGAAAUGUGAUCAACAGGAUCCUCAGACUUUUUAAACAAUUAUCAAAAAUAGAAUUGAUGAACUUUUGGAAAACUGAUUAUCGCGAUUUAGAUCGAUUUGAGUUGAAAGUUGACCUUUAUGUCCAAAACGCUUAUUAUUUGGAAAAUUUGAACUGGCAGCUGGCCUUCCAGAACCAUGGAGUAAUUCAUGUAGGGACACCAAUAAUUGAGAACCGUAGACAUAUUGAAGAAUCACAUAGAAACUUCCUUCGGAUGUUAGGAACAUCCGGCAAGAGAAUGAUUAAGAACAAUACAUUUGCUAUUGAAAGUCCAAUGACUUCAUCCAUAGAUCCUUUACUUCAAAUUUCAUCUGACCUGCACGACUUAAUUUUCCAGCAUUUUUCAUAUAACGAAGCUUUGAACUCAUUGGAAGUGUCAAGAAGCUGGAAUGUAUUAUGUAAAGUAUCAAGGAUUGUCAUGGACAAGUUUAAACUCAAACUUCCAGUAGCAGACAAUUAUAUCAAUCGAGACAUCAUCAACACAUUCAGCAGGAAUCAUCAAAAUGUUUUCUUACAUACGCACAGUUUUUCAUUCAUUACUCGAUUUAGUCAGAAUUUGAGGAGCUUGACGAUCAUCUGUAAUGGAAAUGAAGUUCAGCCAGAAAAGAAUCAAGGUUUUGGGAGUAAGCCAGAGAAGAAGGAAAAAUCUUGGAACUUCCCGAACCUUGAACAUUUAACAAUUCGCAAGUAUAACAUGAGGAGUGGACAUAUAGACAAUGUCAAGAACUUGCUGUCAUAUUUCAAGAGAUGUACGAGAUUGAAGUCCAUGGUGAUUUACGAGUCACUUGAUUCAUCAACAGCCAAUGACUUUUUUACAAUAUUAAGGAACAACAAGGAUUUAAAAGAAUUGAGAAUUGUCAUGAUUAAAGCAAUUGUUAAAUAUUUCGAAUUUGACUGGGCUGACGGUAUUGAGUGUGAGUUACAGAAGUUGACAUUAGGUUUUCAUGAAACUGAACUUCAUAAAGGCAACAAUGUCGAUCAAAAGUUGUUGAGCUUCCUUAAACUACACAGAAACACGUGUGAAGAGCUGGUUCUCAGCUACUGCUCAACUCCAAUGUUUAAUGAAGUUUUUGCUAAUUUUCCAAAAAUUCACACAUUUUAUGCAACCAAUGGAUUUAAUAUGGACGGAGCUAACCUUCCUGUCAACAUUACAAUCGAAAAUUGCAUCCUUCCAUUUGGCCUUGCAACUGCUCACAUGCCUUAUCUUAUUGAACGACUUCCAAAUGUUGAGAAACUCUUUUUAUCUAAAAUUGACAAUGAAGUUGUUCAGUCAAUGGCAAUAAAUUUGGAGCGUCUUAAGAACCUGUCAUAUUACACUGAACAUGAAAAUUGUAUUCGGCGAUAUCGUCAACUGACAGCAAAUACAGGUUUGAGGAGGGUCAUGUUUAUAAAAUUGGAAAAUAUUAAAUUUGAAGGAAUUACAAUGGCAAGCAUCUUUCAAGAAAAAGGUCCUUUUAAGUGGGUGGAACCACCGCGUAGAUUUAGAAGUUAUGGACGAUAUGAGCGGGAUGAAGAUGAUGAUGAUGAUGAAGAAUUUGCGGAAAUGGAGAGGUUUAGGACUUAAGAAGGAGAUUAUCAAACUUUCAUCAUUUCGAUUCUUUUGAUUAAAAUUAAAGAAAUGUUUUUUUAAAGUUUUGAUUUCUAAUUUUUUUCAUAAUUUAGAAUGGAAAAAGGUCACCCGAUUGACACAAGUUGAUUAAGCUGACCAAUCGGGUCAGUAAUUAAGAUUGACCAAACAAUUUUUUGUUUUCAGUGACUUUAAGAAUCAAAUACAAUCAUCAUAUUCGCAAAAAUUAAAGAAAUUCUUGCUUCCGUGCGUGGCAAAAAAAUUAUAAUUAAGAAAGGUUUAUCCAUCUAAAAGUUUAGAGUAUGUACGCCUGUUAUUAAAAUAAAAUUAAUAAAUAAUUUUUUAACAAUAAAAUAAAUUCACAA